AUGACGAGCGAUCGUCAUAAGCAGGACGUGUGCCGUAUCGAAAAACCACCAUUGAAUCAACCUGCAGUUCAAGCUAAAACCGCUACAGGAGCAGGAUUGCAGAUAUGUGGAGAGUUUCAGGCCAACAUCAAGAUCGGAAGCAUUACGAAGACGGCUACAAUCCGAGUAGUGACGGUAGACAUAUCGCUACUGGGAGCAGAUUUGAUCGAGCUUUUUAAUCUUGGUUCAAUCCCAAUGGAUAGUUUUUGUAACAAGAUUUGUAGUGUAGCUAUACCCAGUAGCAUACAGCAGCAGUUUCCAGCAGUUUUUAGUGGAACGGGGCUAUGCACUAAGGCUCAAGUGCAGCUUCAUUUAAAGCACGACUGUCGACCAGUUUUCAGCCCAAAAAGACCAGUAGCAUACGCGAUGCAAGAAACAGUGGACCAGGAGCUAGAUCGGUUAGAAAAAGCAGGUAUUAUUACACCUACCGACUAUUCAGAAUGGGCAGCUCCAAUAGUGGUAGUUCGCAAAGCAAAUGGCACCAUUCGUAUCUGUGGCGACUAUUCCACUGGACUAAAUUCGGCUCUAAAAUCACACGAACAUCCACUACCAGUACCGGAAGACAUAUUCGCAAAAUUAGCCCAUUGCGAAUAUUUCAGCAAAAUCGAUCUUUCGGACGCUUUUCUGCAAGUAGAAAUCGAGGAACAGUAUCGGCCACUACUAACCAUCAACACUCAUCUUGGUUUGUAUUUAUAUAACAGACUGCCGCCUGGAGUGAAAAUAGCGCCCGCAGCAUUUCAACAAAUUAUGGACGCUAUGUUGGCCGGUAUAAAGGGAGCUUGCGGAUACAUGGAUGAUGUGGUAGUUGGAGGCAGAACGAGCAAAGAGCACGACGAUAAUUUGUCCAGACUACUGCAUAAAAUACAAGAUUAUGGGUUCACAAUUCGAGAGGAAAAAUGUGCCUUCAAAACUAAAAGCAUCGAGUAUUUGGGAUACAUCGUCGACCGUAAUGGAUUAAAACCAAACCCGGCAAAAAUAGCAGCAAUCCUCAACCUUCCUGCACCAACAGACGUGAGUGGUGUUCGGUCAUUUUUGGGAGCGGUCAACUAUUAUGGAAAGUUUGUCCCAAAAAUGCGCGACCUUCGUUACCCGCUGGACAAUCUGUUAAAGAACGACGGCAAAUUCACGUGGAAUCAACAAUGCGAAAAGGCAUUUCGCACGUUCAAAGAAAUCCUUUCAUCAAAGCUGCUUCUUACGCAUUACGAUCCGGCAGCAGACAUCAUUGUCGCAGCGGAUGCAUCAUCAGUGGGACUUGGGGCAACGAUCAGCCACAAGUUUCCAGACGGAUCAGUGAAGGUAGUUCAACAUGCUUCACGGGCCUUAUCAAAAGCUGAACAGAACUACAGCCAAAUAGAUCGUGAAGGAUUAGCCAUCGUUUUCGCCGUCACAAAAUUUCACAAGAUGCUGUACGGCCGACACUUCCAUCUGCAAACCGAUCACCGGCCCCUGCUUCGUAUUUUUGGAUCGAAAAAGGGCAUUCCAGUCUACACAGCGAACCGCCUGCAGAGGUUUGCCUUGACGUUACAGUUGUACGACUUUUCAAUAGAGUACGUGCCUACUGGAUCGUUUGGAAACGCCGACGUCCUGUCUCGACUGAUCAGGGACUACGCUAAGCCGGAAUCGGACUACAUCAUCGCUAGUUUGAAUGUGCAGAAAGCUACACAAGAAGAUACAUUGUUAAGGAAACUCAGUCAUUAUGUAACGGACGGAUGGCCCCGUAACGCAUCUUUCGGGUCGGAGCUGGCACGAUUCCAUCAUCGGAAGGAAGGCUUGUCUACGGUAGACGGCUGCAUUUUGUUCGGGGAGAGAUUGGUGAUCCCUGAAAAGCUUCGUGCCAGAUGUUUGACGCAACUCCACCGAGGGCAUCCAGGCAUUCAACGGAUGAAGGCACUAGCCAGAAGUUACGUUUACUGGCCAUCCCUCGAUAAUGACGUACAGGAUGUUGUUGCGACUUGUCCAGCCUGUGCCGUCGCAGCAAAGUCUCCACCACACUCAGCUCCAGCACCGUGGCCCAAAGUUAGUACGCCUUGGCAACGGGUCCACAUCGACUACGCAGGACCUUUAAACGGCGAGUAUUUCUUGGUAGUAGUCGAUGCGUUUACGAAAUGGCCCGAAAUCAUCAAAACGUCCAGCACCACGGCAGUAGCAACCAUAGCAAUAUUGAGAUCGAUUUUUGCACGUUUUGGAGUGCCUGUUACUAUCAUCAGCGAUAACGGCACACAGUUUGUUAGCUCAGAAUUUAAGGAAUUUUGUCUAAAGAACGGCAUAAAUCAUAUUACUACAGCACCUUUCCACCCACAGUCCAAUGGCCAAGCCGAGCGUUUUGUCGACACGUUUAAAAGGGCAAUCAAGAAAAUCACAUACAAUGGACUGGGAAUACAGGAGGCCUUAGAUAUUUUCCUUCAAACAUAUCGCUCAACACCAAACGCACAAUUAGAAAACAGCACACCAGCAAAGCUAAUGUUUGGAAGGCCAAUACGUACAUGCUUAGAGUUAUUACAUCCCGUACCAACCCCUUUGUUAGAAAGUCAGCAUGGAACAAGAAGAGGAUUUCAAAACGGUGCUCCAGUAUAUGCUAAGUUGUUUAAACGUAAUAGUUGGGAAUGGCUACCAGGUACUGUUGUAGGAAGCAUAGGUAGAGUCAUGUACAAAAUAAGGACUAAAGAACGGAUAAUUCGAUCCCAUAUUAACCAGUUGCGCAAGCGAGCAGGAGACAAUGAGAGGGUUACACAUGAUGCGAAUCCAAAGGUUGCAUUAGAUUUGCUAAUGGAUACAUGGAACAUCCCUUUAACAUCUAGCAUUCAGUAUUCCGAUCCAAGAAGUCCAACCCCAAUACUGAAUCCACCAGCAGCGACCGUUAUGCCAAACAUCCCGACGGUAUUUUCACCACGCCGCUCUUCUAGGCCUAGAAGAGUUCCGCGUAGGUUUGAUGCAUAUCGCCUCAAUUAAAAGGGGGAGAUGUUAUGGUGCACCUUGUGUUGUCGGAACCACGCACUGACAGCCACUCAGCUAUGACGAGCGAUCGUCAUAAGCAGGACGUGUGCGUGAGUGACGUAGGGCACUGACCAAGGAUCGGCUCAGCGCGCAAUCGAGAGCAGUUGCAAAUCGGGAGUCAAAGAGAACGGAUAUAGGGAGCGUUAGGUGUGCGUUGCGUGUGCGUGUACAUGUUUGUUAAUUAAUUAAUAAAUUUUAUUAUAAGUUUGCGUCACCCCAAAAACACUCGGUCACACUUCAUU